AUACCCGCCACAGGGAGCUGCGGCCAAUGUGCCGCUGUGUGACCGCCAUCAACGAUCUAAUGGCACUUUCUUGAGCGCUGAUUUUGCUGCCAGGCGAUCAACAAAACCGCAAACUGCAGAAGCGGAGCCCUGCACUCUCUGGCAUAAACUGUAAAGGAGAAUGAGGUGUCGGGUACUAUGGACAGCGCUAAGUGUCAUACUGCAACUCUGCAAGAAGGAAGCCUGUACAAGUCUCUGCCAUGCUAACAGAAGAAAUGCCCCGGGACGUUUUUUCAAUGCUACGCUGGUGCGUCUCUCAGAAUACUUAAGCGACGGCUAUAAAACGGGAGUCCGUCCAGUCACGGACUGGAAACGAUCCACAAUGGUAUCCAUAGACCUGAUGGUCUAUGCAAUACUUAGCGUGGAUGAAAAGAACCAGGUUCUGACGACAUACAUAUGGUACCGGCAGCAAUGGAUAGACGAGUUUCUUUCCUGGAAUCCGUCAGAUUUCGACGAUGUGAAACAAGUCUCUGUUCCUAUGAGCAGCGUGUGGAUGCCGGAUAUACUGAUCAACGAAUUUGUGGAUGUGGGAAAGUCCCCCGACAUCCCCUAUGUUUACGUGGAGCAUAACGGGCUAGUACGCAACUACAAGCCGAUCCAAGUGGUGACGGCGUGCAGCCUGAACAUCUACAACUUCCCCUUCGACGUGCAGAACUGCAGCCUCACCUUCCAGAGUUGGCUCCACACCAUUAAGGACAUCAACAUCUCCUUGCUAAGGUCAUCCGAGGAGGUGAAGGAUGAUAAGUCUGUUUUCAUGAAUCAGGGAGAAUGGGAGCUUCUUCAUAUCCUGUCCAAAUACAACACCUUCAGCAUCGACGAGGAAGACUUCUACGCUGAGAUAAAGUUCAAUGUGGUGAUCCGGCGCAGGCCACUCUUCUACACAGUCAGUCUGCUCCUGCCCAGCAUCUUCCUCAUGGUGAUGGACAUCGUGGGCUUCUACCUGCCCCCCGACAGCGGGGAACGAGUCUCCUUUAAGAUCACCCUGCUGCUUGGCUACUCCGUGUUCCUCAUCAUCGUCUCUGACACGCUGCCUGCCACGGCCAUCGGGACGCCACUCAUCGGAGUCUACUUUGUGGUGUGCAUGGCCCUGUUGGUGAUCAGCCUGACCGAGACAGUUGUAAUCGUACGGCUGGUUCACAAGCAGGAUCUUCAGCCACAUGUCCCCGACUGGGUCAAACACCUGGUGCUGGAGAAGGCCACGGUGCUGCUCUGCAUCCGGAACCAGCACAGGCUUGGUCCCGACCCAUCCCGAGAUCCGGACUCACUGCGCUGCAACGGGAAUGGUGUGAAUCCCAUUCAGUGCAAUCAUCACGGCGGCCAGCCGAGAGCAGACAUGGUGGGUAGGGCGGAGCUGGCCCAAGGGGCGAGGGCCGGGGAGGCGGUCAUGGACAGCGUCCUGCUGGAGGUGUCGUCCAUCCGACAGUUCCUGGAAAGACGAGAGGAGUACCGGGAGAUCGCACGGGAGUGGCUGCAGGUGGGCUAUGUGCUGGAUGUGCUGCUCUUCCGCCUGUACCUGAUGGCCAUGGUGACAUACAGCAUCACACUGGGCACCCUAUGGUCCGUGUGGCAGUACGUCUGAGCCGGACAGCCAACACCCACUGUGAAGCACAAACUAACAGCAAAAGGAGAAGUGCUGCAAUUGCAGGAUGGUCCAAACGAGGGCGACAAAGCAACACCUGACAGUAACAAGGGUACGUACAAAUGCAUCUUGACUGUUAAUCGUCGAAUAUUCUGUAUUUCAUUAUUUCACAUUGCAUUUACAUUGCUGUCAUCAACUGUAUAAGUGAAUAACUAUUAAAAAAGUACUUAUUGCUGUAUUAUUACUGGCCAUUCUGUAGUAAAACACUCCAAAUGGAUUUAAUGCCAAGUAACAACAUUUAUAUGCUAAAUUAGUGAAUUGAAGAUAUCUGAUUUUAUUUUUUAUCAGUCGGUGUAAAAUCAUGUG